ACCAGAUGGGUCAUUUGCUCAUGACAAGAAGUAUACUUCACGUAGGUGCAAAAGUAAAAAUUCAUAUACAAAAUCUUAUAUUGUAGCAGUCCUGCUCAUUAAUUAAAACAUUAAAACAUUGCCCACAAUGGCCUCAUAUAACUAGAGAUGUUAAAGGGAAAGACACCAUAGUAAACGGAAUAGCAAAAAUUGCUGAUGGUUGACCAAUUUAUAGCAUCUACCCAUAGACUGUAUAAAACGAUCUACCCCCAGUGGGCCAUGUGCUAUUUCUUAGGAUAUGUGCUGAUCUGUUAAUUUUAAGCUGUCACACUUUUCUUUUGUGAAUAAGUGCAAAAACAUAUCAAAAAGACAACUUUCCAACACUGUAUGACCUGAAUGUCUAUAGUCAGGGUUUUUGAUGAUACCAAAAGUCUGUCAUGUCCCGAUUGGCUUAGUACCAAAAUCUUACAUGAAAUAUAAUUUACUUGACGACUAUUUCUACAAGUGAGAAGGCUCUUUGCUGUCAUAAACAAACAAUGCAAGCUUAGGCUUGACAUGUUUGGUUUUCAAACAGAGCAUGAAUGCAGGUGUCUUCACAACUCAGAGAAACUUGCGACCGGUGUGCACAUUAAUUUAGCGUAAACUAUAGGGCUAUCCUUGACUAAAGAAAUUCUUAGGCGACUAAAACUCAUACGAUUUUGGAAUAAUCUAUUACUUGACUUAAUGGACAGAUCUGUUUCUCCACAAAUAAUCAUGCAAAAACACCACUUUAAAUCUGGAGUGUACCAUAGAUCUGCUCGUAAGUUUCUUGGAAAUAUGUCAUUCAGCAUGAAAAAGCUUUAAAAAAUGAUUAAUUCACUACAAAAAUCUAAGUCAACUAAGAUCAAAAUGACCAAUCAGUCAACUUGUGUAUCCUUUGAACUAUGCUGCAGCAUGCAUGGCUACAAAGUCUGUUAGAUACUACUCUUUUUUUUGUUCACCCAAUCGGGGGAAAACAACUUCCGAGACAAAUGCACAGCUGGAUGAUCAGUGGUUGGCUGUGUCCUGCGAUCCAUUCAAAUCAAUCAUUACACACAAGGUACACAUCUCCAGUCAGUCUCUGGUCAGAUUUCUGCUUCACUGCCUGACUGCUGAGCUGGAGCGCACAUAACAGGCUUCCACAGGAAUCCACAGGCUUUAUAUCCCGUUUACAACCUUCACAGGCAAUUUCUGCUGCGACCCACUGAACUGUCCAUGGCACGUGUUCUUUCCCUGUUUCGGCCUCAGCCUUUUCUGGCCCUGGUGAGCAGGAGAAAACCUACAUUGUGCAAAAUGUCAAUGGACUCAAGGGCACGUGAGGUGUUUGCAGCUGCAGUGGAAGCUGUGCAGCCAGACACGGUGGUCCGGCAGAGUAUGGAGCGCAAGGAGGACUCAGUUAUUAUUAACGGUCACAAAUUUACACUCAAACACAACCUUCACUUGGUGGGCUUUGGAAAAGCUGUACUGGGUAUGGCUGCAGAGGCAGAGAGGAUUGUGGGGGAUCAUUUAGUUAAAGGAGUAAUAAGUGUGCCACAUGGGAUUCAGCAGACAUUACAGCAGCAUGGAAAAGACCAUCUCUUGUUAAAAGAAAACAGUCGCAUCAGAGUAAUGGAGGGAGCUAAACACAACUUGCCUGACGUUGAUGCCCAGAAGGCAGCUGAAGCGAUCAAGCAGUUAGCCAGUGAACUGACAGAGAAAGACCUGCUGCUUGUACUGAUUUCAGGUGGAGGCUCUGCGCUAUUACCUGCACCCAUCCCACCAAUCUCAUUGCAAGAGAAACACGAUGUUACCCGCAGACUUGCAGGUGCUGGUGCCACUAUUCAAGAGCUGAACACUGUGCGACGUGCCCUGUCUUUCUUAAAGGGUGGAGGGCUUGCUCAUUGUGCUCACCCUGCCCAGGUGGUUUCACUGAUAUUGUCCGAUGUAAUUGGGGACCCUGUGGACUUGAUAGCCAGCGGCCCGACAGCGUGGAGUGAGGUGUGGCCUGAAGAAGUUUUGUCAGUCCUCGAACGUUACAAGCUGCUGAACUCUCUACCAGCCUCAGUAAAGGAUGUCCUUGGGAGACCAAGUCCCAGGUGGAGGGAGAAUAAAGAUGAAUCCAAUACAUCAGGACAUGUUCUCAACGCUGUGAUUGGCUCCAACAGCAUUGCCCUGAAGUGUGCAGGUCGCCGUGCCCGAGAGUUAGGUUUCCGCCCUGUUGUGCUGGCACCAGGAGUGUGUGGCGAUGUAAGGUCAGUCUCCAGACUAUACGGCCUCCUGGCCCGCUUUGCCUGUUCUCGAGAGGAACCUCCUCCAGAGAUUGCCGCUGAGCUGCUCAGGCUGGGGCCUGAAGUAGGUGUGGAGAGCUGGGACCUCUGCCGUACCAUGCAGGUCUUGGGUGAAGGGCGUACAGAAGGAUGGGGUUCCACGUGUCUCUUAGCUGGAGGUGAGCCCACUGUGGAGCUGACAGGCAACGGUCGAGGUGGUCGAAAUCAGGAGCUGGCUCUUCGAGUGGGACUGGAGCUGAGAGGCCUGAAGCUUCCGCCUAAUGGCCCUGUCUUCCUGAGUGGUGGAACUGACGGUCAGGAUGGACCCACUGAGGCAGCAGGGGCCAUCACUGAUUGGGGGGUGUAUGAAGAGGCACAAGCAAAGGGGCUGGACAUCGACAACUUCCUUACCAACAAUGAUUCUUACACAUUUUUUACAUGUCUUUCUGCUGGUCAGCGCUUACUUGUACCUGGCCUAACCUGCACCAAUGUGAUGGAUGUGCACAUGCUACUUAUCCCACCAAUUCCCCAUUAACAUAUGAUAAUUCCAAAGCACACCAAAUAAAUGAUCUAACUCCAGUGGAUCUAGAUAAAUAAAGUACUUUAUCAGUCUAACUUGAAAUUUUAGUACUCUAUUUAACUCUAGCUAAACAUGUUUGGCCCGUACCUGUGAAACCCUUUGUAAAGCUAUAUGAAAGCAAGACUGGUAUUGCUAUAUGACAUUAUAACGACCACAAAAUAUGAGAUAGGAGUGGAAUAUAAAAAAAAAAGAACAUUUUUGUUAUCAGCUUUUACCUGGGAACAAUAAGCUCUUAAAUAGUAGACUAGCUGAUUUAUCUUUUUUUACAAACCAGCUCUAGCAAGUAGAGACAUCAAAGACAUCAGUAUUUCAAAAAAACAACACAUUUAAUAUCAAUCAAGCUAUUUAAACAAAACUUGCAUUUGUAUUAUCUUCAUGCUUUGCCGCUGGUCUCUUCAGGUACCUAAAAUAUGCUGAUGGUUUUGUUUAGUUCAUUUGACAAGGACUAUGUACAACAUAAAAUCUUUCUGUAAAUACACACUGCAGUGCAUUGUCUUGUAUUACCGACUUGUCUUUGCCAUUAUAACAGCAUUAUAACUGUAAGGAGGCUCAUACAAUGCACACAAAGUAUUCAACCCCCCUUUGACUUUUUCAUAUAUCUUAUUUUACAUUAAAUCCCAGUUAACUACUCUUUUUUGACACAUUAACAUAAACUAAUGUCAAAGUAAAACAAAUUGAUAAGCACAAAUAUAUAAAAAUAUUAAACCUCAAGUAUCAAUGUAUUUUGGCAUUUAUUUUACCCUCUACCAUGAAAAGCCACUAUGGUCUGCUGUACAGAAGCACCCCCACGAAGUGCCACCAUGCUGAUCCUUUCAGAUACAUAAUUUAAAAUGAUCUGUCACACCUUGAUUACACAGGUGGUUUUCAUUCAAAGUGUGCAUAUAAGGUGUGUCAUUAAUUGAAUCUAAUUUUGAUUAGUUGUAAAGAUUUGUUUUCACUUUGACACAAGAGAUUGCUGUGAGUCAAUGUUGAAACAGGACAAAGUCAAAUGGGGGGUGAAUACUCUAGACAGGCACUCUGUAUCACUCAUUAAGUGCAAAUAAUGCUCCUUAUACAGUAUGUUAUGGAAAAACAGCAGUUAAAAAAACACAAAAAUCGUGGAAGAUGAAAGAUAUGAACUGAUUUUCAUGGACCUGUAUUUCAAAAGACUUGAAAAAUACAUUCUAUUGUUCCUUUCAUCAUUCAAAUCAAGUCCAAUUAUUUUGCUCAUGGUCAGAAUGGAACAUUUUUAUGUCUGUUAUCAUCACAGUGUUCUUAAAGCAACCUUCAUUUACACACAAACCCAGCAAUAUUUGUCACAUUUGUACUGAAGCCUCAUAGGGGAAAAAAGGGGACCAAAGCAAAAAAUGUUAUGUAUGUGGAGUAAAGUUCUGCUCAAUGACAAAUGUUGACAAGCCAAAAUAAAUAGCUCACAUUA